UAUCUAGGGAGAAAAAAUCAUUGCAAUUGCAACUUUGUCAGGUUUUUGGUGAAUUUUUCACUCAUACACCAUACAGUCAAUUUCAUUAAACCACUCGGUUUCCAGCAGGAAGCGUUUCCAUUAACGAAUGCGUUAAACCCUCCAAAUUCCAACACAUCCAACAUGCGAUUCGUUAACCGCAUUCCUCGACUUCAUGGAACUGGAAGGCCUGACUUUUUCCAAGCAGCUCGCGAUUCUUUAAAGGACUACGAGGUGCAAGUAGUGAUGCAAGAUGUACCUCUUUCCAAAGUGGCAAAACACCUCAAUCUCACGUAGGUUUCAGAUAUUCCCUUACAUCGCCAAGGAGCCCAACAGUUCUUCCCUUAAUGGCUUCCUGUGGGACAUGUGGGAAAUCUUUGAGGAAACUUUGCUCUUCAAGUCCAUAGUGAGAACCACCAGGUACAACGAAGGCCGGGAGAUGAUCAAAAACUACUCGGCGGAUGUUUUCCUUGCAGCCUUGGUUUACACCAACCAAACCACCAAUAUGGAGUUUUCCCAGCCUUAUUUCCGCAACUGGUACCAUUUGUAUUUCAAACUUCCCGAAGGAAAACCGGCCACUUAUCUGCACUUUGUGGCCUUCAGCGGCACCCUAUGGCUGCAAAUGUCGCUGUUUUUUGUCUUUCUGGCUAUCAGCUUGUAUCUCAGUUGUGUGUUGCUGAGUAAAACCGCCCGAGGACUGGAAGCCGUGCUGUCGCUUCCCACUUACUUUUUGGGGGUUGUAUCGGCCUUUUUCAAUACCGGGUACGACUUGAGGCUUCGCAGCUGGUCGGGCAGGCUUCAGAUUCUUCUAGCGCUGUUCUUCGGAGUGUUGUGCUACUAUGCGCUCAGCGCCAGCUUGGUGGCUAGUCUGGCUGUUCUGGAUCGUCCACUUCCAUUCCAGCGCAUUGCUGAUAUUGCCAGCCAGGGCUCAUACUCACUUUGCAUUAGGAAUGUCACGUUUGUUUACGAUAAUUUUACGUCUGAGGAUCGUUCACUGUUGCCGGCUUGGAGGAGGAUCGUGAACACCGAUCGAUGUCCCAAGGACAUGCAAAAGUGGGAAACCAUCCCAGAAAGCAUUUGCACUGGCCAGGUGGUUGUUCUGGAGAAUCGCAUUAUUAUGGCCUGGGCUUUGCAUCGCGCCCAAUGUCCAGUUACUAUUUUACCCCAAAGGCUGGUAAAUUUUCGCUGUCUUUUCCAUUAAAUUGUGACUGUUUUGCAGGUAUUUCUACUCGAUGAACUUCAUUGGCUUUUCCAAGCGGUUCCAAGGAAGGAAAGCCAUAUCGAGGAUGUGAGUUUAAGUCUUUCGGGAAGACCAUGUUUUCAGGAAAUGUUUCAGGAUGUUGAAGAUGCGAAGCGCCGGCAUAUCGAAGAAGUUGGAAAUGAAGUGGGUGAAAAACAACGAUCUUCCUGAGCUCUCGCGUAUCACCGAAGUGAACCAAAUCACAUUCGCUCAUGUGAAAGGGCUGUUGCUGAUCCAUCUGUGCAUGAUUGGGGCCAGUUUGGGUUUACUGCUGUUGGAAAUUUGCGCCUCCAAAGUUUACCCCAAGUGGGUAAAUUGGGACGAGAAACGACGCGUAAAACCGCCCAUCACAGUGGUUGGAAUUAAGAGUUUCACUUAUGGGGGAUCAGACUUGGUUUUAUAAGAGAAACUAUUUGGGAUUUGUGAAAUCAUAUCAGGAGGCAGUCGAUCCUCUUGUUCAAUUCAGUGCUUUAUCAAAAUUUCUUGCAACAUUGUUGCUGGCGGAGCCCGGAAGUUACAAAUAUAGAGUCAAAAGCGUCGCGAUUCAUUUGUAUAUUUUCAUCCCUUUGCACUU